UCCUCCUCUGCUUCUCUAUUUCAAAAUGGAGGACGUGGUGGAAUCGUGUGAUUCAGCGGACGAAAACAAACCGAAAAAUGUGUGCGCGGAGUGUGGUAAACAGUUCAACAAAAACUGGAGGCUGGUAGAACACAUCCGAACUCACACUGGAGAGAGGCCAUUUGUGUGUGAGUCUCCUGGCUGUGACAAGGCUUUCUACCGAGCUUUCCACUUGAAGAGGCACCAGUUGUCACACUCACAUGAUGCCAAGAAAUUAGUGUGUUCUUUUCCAGGCUGUGGGGUAGCAUUCUCCCUGAAGCAAAACUUAACAAGACAUGAGAGAAGAUCACAUGAUCAACCAUUCAAGUGUGAUGUUGAAGGAUGCUCUGCUUCAUUUAAGAAAAAACAACAGUUGAGAAUUCACAACAAUACACAUGCGAAUAAGCUCCCUUUCAGUUGCGAGUCACCAGGCUGUGAUGAGAGCUUCCCAACAACCCAGAAACUGUUGCGACACAUGAAGAAACAUAAAAAAGGACAUGUUUGCUCCCACCCAGACUGUGAAGAGAGGUUUUCUUCUUUCCAUUUACUCAGACGCCACAUUGCCUCACAUGGUUUCACAUGUAGAACUUGUGACAAAGUUUUCUUGUCUAGAUAUCUGCUGAAAAAACACAAAGAGAUCCAUGCUCCAGACAGAAAGGUGUUUGAGUGUCCCAGGGAGACAUGUGGAAAGCUGUUUACCAAGGCAAGUAAUCUAAGAGUUCAUAUCCAGACCUACCAUGAAGGCAAAAGGCUAUUUACCUGCCAUAUAGAGGGGUGUGAGAAGACCUUUGCUCAUAAGAAAUCCCUUGAACAGCAUUUAGAAAACCACAACAAACAGGCUGAAAAGGAAAAGUGCAAGCCUAAAAAGAAAAGAAAAAGAAAACAUAAACACACAAAAGUGGAUGGGCAAGAUUCACAUGGUGAAACAACAGAUGAUCAGAUUGCCUCUGAAGAUAGCGCCCUUAAAGGUAGCGAACCCGACCAUCCAAGCCAAAGCAGAAUAAGUGAGAUGAGAGGUAACCCACAGUGUGACGCAGGACAGAACAUGGAGACUGUGCACCACCCAGCUGAUCAACAACAUCACACAAGUCAGGAAAAGAGUUUAAAACCAACAGUUAGCAGUUUACAUCAUGCUUUGGAUUCGGUUCCUACUAGCGAACUCAAACAUAUAUGUGAGAGGAGGGCAGACACAAAUUGUAAUGAUCUCCUUGAGCAAGCAAUCCGCAGCAUUACGGAGCCUCAUGAUACUAGUAGCAUAACACAUUUCUGCGAAGGGUGCAAAGGCAGGCGAUCUCUCGGGUGCUCGGUGUCUGUAAGCAGCUAGACCUCUUAAAAGGGGGUUGAAGUUUCAAAUUAAAAUAUUAUAUGUUUAUAGAGAACAGAAACAUA